AUGGCUAACAAGGUUAUCCAGGUUUUGGCAUUAGCCAUUGGUCUAAUCAUCACCGGUUGUUUAAACUCAGUCUUUACCAAAUAUCAGGAUAAUCAAUAUGUAUCACCGGAUGAGAAGUUUGAACAACCAGUCUUGCAAACUUUACAAAUGUUUGUUGGUGAAGCUGCGGCUUUUAUAUUCUUGGGAAUCAUUAAAUUGAAUGAAAGUAAACAAGAUUAUACAAGAAUAAAUGAUGCAUCAGCAACUCCAGACUUGCCAUUAGCUAAAGCAUAUAUUUUAUCAAUCCCAGCCAUUUGUGAUAUCUUGGGCACAACAUUGAUGAACUUGGGUCUUGUGUAUACUCCAGUUUCAAUUUACCAAAUGACUAGAGGUGCAUUGAUCAUCUUUGUUGCACUAUUCAGUAUUGUUUUCCUCAAGCAUACAAUUUCAAGAAUUGAGUGGACAGCUCUAGCCACUGUGGUCUUAGGUAUCACAAUUGUUGGUUUGAGUGGUAAUUCAAACUCAGCUUUAAAUCCAAGGUUAUUUCUCGGUAUUUCUAUGAUUUUGCUUGCUCAAGUGUUUACAGCUACACAAUUUGUUGUUGAGGAACAUAUAAUUAAGAAUUGGACAAUUGAACCACUAAGGUUAGUCGGCUGGGAAGGUACUUUUGGCGGUGUCAUAACAUUAAUUGGUAUGUCAUUAUUAUAUAUUGCAGUUGGUUACAACACAAAGGGUCCUUUUGAUAUGAAGAACUCUUUUAAUGAAUUAUUCAGUUCUGAUCAAAUUAUAUAUAGCUCUUUUGCAAUCAUGGUAUCUAUUGGUUUAUUCAAUUUCAUUGGUAUCACAUUAACUAGUAAGUUAAGUGCAACAGCUAGAAGUACAAUUGACACUUGCAGAACAUUAUUAGUCUGGCUUGUUUCCAUAUAUCUUGGCUGGGAAAGUUUUGUUUUCUUACAAUUCGUUGGUUUCAUCUUUUUAGUCUUUGGUACAUUGGUCUUCAAUGGUGCUCUAAAGAUUGACUCUUACUUACCAGCUUGGUUCAGUGCUGAUAAGAGUAAACCAUUGAUUAUAGAUUCAGUUGAUGAACAAAUCGAAAGAGUCUGA